AUGCCCUUGGUCCCCUUCUCAUUCCUUGACAAAUUCAUUAUCACCCUGCCUACCACAUUGGCCUUUGAGGUCACCUUCAAGUCCCGUCUCCAGAACUUAGAAGAUCUUGCGUCAAUUGAUUGGACUCACACUUUGCCAGCAAGACUUGAACGUCAUGCUUGCAUUGGUGGAACUUUCCUGGAUGGGAUAUCCGCUAAUUGGACCGCAGGCAAAAUGUAG